AGAGGGAUCGAGUUUCAAGGAGAAGCAACAGAAGGAAAAGAAGGGACUGCCGGGCCGGUCAUAACUGGAACACUCUUUUCAUUGGCAGUGGUGCCGUUGUGGACCUCAUGUCAGAGAAAUACAAUAGGUCGAAACAGGAGAUUUUGAACUCAGAAGGAAAGCAAAGCGUAGCUGUUAAUCUAGCACUUGGAGAAACACAGAUAGUAGAUGAAACCAAAAGAUUUCUUGAAGAUAGUGGUAUCUCACUUGAUGCAUUCACAACAUCCAACAUCAAGAGAUCAAACACAGUCAUCCUUGUGAAGAAUCUUCCUGCAAAGACCACUGCCCAGGAACUGUCACAGCUGUUCUGUAGAUAUGGAGAGCUUGGAAGGGUUGUGCUACCUCCAGCAGGUGUUACAGGCGUUGUAGAAUACUUAGAUCCAAGUGAGGCAAGGAAGGGCUUCAAAAACCUUGCCUACUCCAAGUUCAAGUACUUGCCGCUGUAUUUGGAAUGGGCGCCCCUGAAUGUGUUCAGGUCAGAGUUCAGUGGCAAUCUCCAUCAAACCUGGUAGUGAAGACACAACUUUACAG